CAGGAAGCCGCACGAAUACCUGCCCUCGAGAUAGCCAUUGGCGCGGGACUGCGGAGAGGAGCGACGAUGGUUUAUUCAAGGCGGCGUUUUCGGCGGAGCUCGACCAUCAUCUCCGGGUAGUCCAAGCUUCCGUGCCUUUUUUCUGCCGUCCGAUGUCUGCUCCUCUUCUCCGCGUGCUUCCUCUCAACAUCAGAUCUACUGUCGCUCACUCUACCCUAACGUUAUUAUUAUCAUCCAUUUCUGGCCAUUCGGGAUCUCACUACAUACUUAUCUUGGAUCUCUUCCCCGUUUUCCGGCUUCAACGGUGAAUUAGUCUUGAAGUUUACCCGCGACAACCUCGACAAGCUUACACGAUGGCCCCUCCUUCAGAAGAUACGUUGACAAAAGUGUCUACGGAUGCGGCUUGCGAAUUCGUCCAGUCCUUCUACCCUGCACUCGAGAACAACCGCUCUACGAUAGGCUCAUUCUACAGCCAACCUCCUUCGAUGAUCCUUUUCAACGGAAACGCUGUUGCCGAUGGAGCCGCUGUACAGGAGAUCUUUGUCAACCAGAUGUCCCCGACGCAUUACGAAGUGCAGUCAUUCGAUUGUCAGAUUAUCAACCGGGCGUAUCCGACACCUACAUCGACUGGUGUAAAACUCCCCACCGAAACGACUCUCAAGGACAUGUCCAUAUUGGUGAUUGUUAGCGGCUACGUGCGCUUUGGAGAGUCCAGAGAUCUUCCCCAACGCGGUUUCAGCGAGACCUUUGUGCUGGUCCCGAACCCAACCGCCGACGGGCCCAAGGGAAAGCGCAAGCGCGAAUGGCUUAUUCAAACUCAGAAUUUCCGACUUGUUGUUUGAACAAUUAUCAAUUAUCAGAAAAUCUCCUACGAGGGGGCCGAGUUCCCCGAUCUUCGAUGGAAAUGACGAGAUUUACCAGUACGGUCUGACGACAUGAUAAAUACAUUAUGCGCUAUGAGUCAACCACAUGAUUACGCAAUUUGAGCCAAGAUGGACAACCAAAGGAAAUUCCAUGAAACACUCCGUGAUACGCCAAGCAUAUAAUCCCGAAACAAACAAAUUGCUGUCUUUCGCCACUGCGUUCAGGCCGCGGAUCUUCGCGGCACACGCAGAUUUGCUUUGAUGCGCUCGAGCAACUCCUCGCGCGUUGCGUUCUCAUUGGGCAAGAGGCCCCUCUUCAAGUGACAGUUAGAAUCCAUUGCUCAGUUUGGAGACAUUGAUUGUUUUGUUUACGAGCGAAGAAGACAUACCACACGAAGCCAUCUCACCAUUUCAUCUGCAGUCCAGUUCUCCG